AUGACAAACAGAGUAAAAGGAAGUGUAUUUCAAAAAGAUGCUACUAUCAAAAGAGGCGACGCAGAAGUGCACGUAAAAAAUGAUACGAAAUUUCGACUAGCAUUAGGAGAACUUAUGGUUUGUGGAACAAAAAAAAGAAAUCUAAACUAUGAACACGCUCAAACGAAUGAAAAUGAAGAACCUUCUGCCAAGAAGCAACCUUUAAUUCCAGUUGAAGAUGGCCACCUUGUUUCAAGUAAAGAAACUACUCAAGGUCAAGUUGCCUUAUAUAAUUCAACUAAGAGUCAAAUCUUACUAGCCACAGCAGUGGUGCAAGUUUUCGAUAUUCAUGAUUGUUUAGUCAUUCCAGAAAUCACAGGUGAUUUACCUAACACAUAUUUCAAUCCAGAAUGUCUAGAUAUUCCAACUAACUAUCAUUUAGCUGAUCUAGCAUUCUUUGAGCCCAAUCACGUUGACUUACUUAUUGGAGCUCAAGUAUUUUGGGAUAUUAUUUCUGCGGAACGCAUUACUUUAGGCCCCAAUAAGCCUAUUCUGCAGAAUAGCAAAUUGGGUUGGUUGGUGUCAGGUCCCAUAGGCAUUCCUAACUCAUCAAAGAAUACCCUUUGUCAUUUCUCAAAAACCUUAGAUAUUCAAAAUCAGUUGCAAAAGUUUUGGGAAAUUGAAGAGGUUUCAACCUCAUCGCCAAUCCUUUCAGAAGAAGAACUCUUAGCAGAGAAACAUUUUAUCGAAAAUGUUGAGAGAGAUUCAGAUGGCAGAUUCAUUGUAGGGAUACCACUAAAGAAGUCUUUAGAAGUCUUGGGUGAUACAAAGGUUCAAGCAACACAACAAUUUUUAUCCUUAGAGAGAAAAUUACAUAAAAAUCCGAAGUUGAAGCAAAUGUAUCAGGAAUUUAUGUCCGAGUAUCAAAGUUUAAAUCAUAUGUCACCAUUUAUACCUUCUAAUGAUCAAAUUUGUUAUUUUUCUCCCCAUCACGGUGUGCUACGUGAGAAAAGUCAAACUACCAAGCUCAGAGUCGUCUUCAAUAGUUCGUUUCCAAGCACUACUGGUUUAUCUUACAAUUCAAUUCAAAUGGUUGGGCCAGUAGUUCAGGACGAUUUAGUUUCUAUAAUCUUAAGAUUUCGACAGCAUUAA